AUGCCGCUGCCGCUUGAGCGCUCCUUGUCUGACGUGUUGCCAGUCGCCCCUGCGACGUCGAGCGCGUUGGCGAGCCCAGCGUUUGCGCUCGAAUUCCAUUCUCCGGCGAGGGAAGGGCGCAUCACAAAGGCCGACCGAAUUCAGCAAGCUCUUCUAGCAACGGCGCUUAACUUUUUCAGUCACUUGCCCGUCGAGCUGAUGCUGAUGAUCUUCACCGAGGUCAUCAGUGAGGAGACGUCCUCCUGUGACUAUACCUUCCUCUACGCUGGGCUCUACACCCAUAGGCGCCUGGCAGCGGUCUGCAAGUGGUGGCAUGCGGUCAUCAAGGGCAUUCCGCCGCGAACUGGGAGGCGGUUGUACUGUAAUGUCAACCUCAGCAUCAGCACCUCAAUGACGCCUAUGAGCGCGGGCGACAUGGCCUCUAUGCUGAGGGACUACCUAGCAAACUCCGGAAACGAAAACCUGAACGUCUUGAUUGACUUACGUUGUGCCACUGGAAGCCUUCGACCGUGUGCCCUCGCCCUCAUCGCACAGUCCCAUCGCUGGCGGUCCGCGCGAAUUGUAGGAGAUCUACACGACGAAGACGCCCGCUCCGCCCUCGCUAUGCUCACCGGCCGACUUCCAGUCCUACAAACCCUCGAGUUCGGGCACAUCCCUGCGACCGAGAUCAACGAGACCACAGAGGAAGUUGACUUCGGCUUUCUCGCCCACGCCCCAGCGCUCACGGAGCUCUUCCUCCUUGGACCCUUCUCGGCCUCUCUCAUCAAUAUCACGAUCCCCUCCAACAACAUCAUCCGCAGCUUCGGCUGCGAUGGAAUCGAGGCUUAUGUGCUGCUCGACUAUCUGGACGAGAUGCCCGGGCUGCAGGAGCUCGAUUUCGCGUACGAUGACUAUGAGGAAGACGGUGACGAAUCUGCCGAUCCCGAGCCCGUCACCACCAGUCUUGGGUUGCCUUAUCUCACCAAGCUCAUCCUUCGCAACACGGCUUACGCUGUCAAGAGCUUCUUCAUCGCCGCUGUGUCCCUGCCGGCCAUCGAGAAGGUCAUUUUCAGUAAGGAUGGCUUCCAUGUUGCAGCUGCCUUAACCGCGUUGAAGGACAGGAAGCGUCAAAGGGGUGAUGCUGACGGGGUCAUCACCCGCUUCCUGCACUAGUCGCUAGCAUGCAUUCAGAUUCCCUCCGCCCAACAAUCGCAUGCUCUGUACUCCUACAUAGUAAUUUCGCUUACCUUUCGCGCUGG